CGCCGACUGCGAGGGGUUUAAGAACACACGCCGCCGCCCGCUAGGGGUUUUCGGAUCUCACCUCCUCCUCCUCUCCACCCCCCACGCGCCGCCGCCCGAGCUUGAGCACCAGCCAUGGCUAUGGGGUCUCUCAUCGCGUCGAGGCUGGCCAGGUCCAGCCGUACCGUCGCCUCCGCCAUCUCCCAGGCUCCCGCGGCCCAUCGAACAACGCCUCCUCUGCUCUCCAGGCUCGGAGCCGUGGCUCGUGCUUUCAGCUCAAAGCCAGCCGCUACAGAUGUGAUCGGGAUCGAUUUGGGCACGACGAAUUCCUGCGUCUCCGUGAUGGAAGGAAAGACACCGCGGGUGAUUGAGAAUGCGGAAGGCGCGAGGACAACACCCUCCAUUGUUGCCAGGAAUCAGAAUGGUGACCUCCUGAUUGGUAUCACUGCUAGUCGGCAGGCCGUGACUAAUGCCCAGAACACAAUCCGUGGGUCGAAGCGUCUGAUUGGUAGGACUUUUGAUGACCCGCAAACUCAGAAGGAGAUGAAGAUGGUCCCUUACAAGAUUGUCAGGGCACCGAAUGGUGAUGCGUGGGUGGAAAUGGGUGGGCAGCAGUACUCCCCUAGCCAGAUUGGUGCAUUUGUUCUAACCAAGAUGAAGGAAACUGCAGAGUCUUACCUUGGCAAGACGGUCUCCAAAGCCGUUAUUACCGUCCCAGCUUAUUUCAAUGAUGCUCAGCGCCAGGCUACCAAGGAUGCUGGUAGGAUUGCUGGAUUGGAGGUGAUGAGGAUUAUCAAUGAGCCCACUGCCGCAGCUCUGUCGUAUGGUAUGAACAACAAGGAGGGCAUGAUUGCUGUGUUUGACUUGGGCGGCGGUACAUUUGAUGUAUCAAUCCUUGAGAUAUCGAAUGGAGUUUUUGAGGUCAAGGCAACCAAUGGUGAUACUUUCCUUGGUGGUGAGGACUUUGAUGGCGCAUUGCUUAACUACCUGGUUAGUGAGUUCAAGAAGUCUGACAACAUUGAUCUGAGCAAGGACAAGUUGGCGCUGCAAAGGCUCAGGGAAGCUGCUGAGAAGGCCAAGGUUGAGCUUUCUUCAACCAUGCAGACUGAAAUCAACCUUCCCUUUAUUACUGCUGAUGCCUCUGGUGCAAAGCACUUCAACAUUACCCUGACCAGAUCUAAGUUUGAGUCUCUUGUGAGCGAUCUCAUUGAGAGAACUCGCAUCCCAUGUGUGAACUGCCUCAAGGAUGCUGGCAUCACUGCAAAGGAGAUCGAUGAGGUUCUACUGGUUGGUGGUAUGACGAGGGUGCCAAAGGUCCAAGAUGUUGUUUCUCAGAUAUUCAACAAGGCUCCGAGCAAGGGUGUCAAUCCUGAUGAGGCUGUUGCCAUGGGAGCUGCCAUUCAGGGUGGUAUCUUGAGGGGCGAUGUGAAGGAGCUCCUGUUGCUGGAUGUCACACCGCUCUCCCUUGGUAUUGAGACUCUUGGAGGCAUCUUCACAAGGCUAAUUAACCGAAACACCACAAUUCCAACCAAGAAGAGCCAGGUCUUCUCCACUGCCGCAGAUAACCAGACACAGGUUGGAGUCAAGGUGCUUCAGGGUGAGAGGGAGAUGGCUACAGAUAACAAGCUUCUUGGUGAAUUCCAGCUUGAAGGCAUUCCACCAGCUCCAAGAGGUAUGCCUCAGAUUGAGGUCACAUUCGACAUUGAUGCCAAUGGUAUUGUCAAGGUGUCAGCAAAGGACAAGUCCACCGGCAAAGAGCAAGAAAUCACUAUCAAAUCCUCUGGCGGUUUGUCAGAAGAUGAUAUUGAGAAGAUGGUGAAGGAGGCUGAGCUACAUGCCCAGAAGGAUCAGGAAAGGAAAACAUUGAUUGAUCUCAAGAACUCUGCUGAUACAACAAUCUACAGCAUCGAGAAGAGUGUCAGCGAGUACAAGGAGAAGGUUCCUGCUGAAGUAACCAAAGAGAUAGAGUCCGCUAUCUCUGAUCUGAGGGCAGCAAUGGCUGAGGAUGAUUUGGACAAGAUCAAGCAGAAGCUGGAAGCUGCAAACAAGGCGGUUUCGAAGAUUGGAGAGCACAUGCAACAAGGUGGUGGUGGCAACACUGGCAGCGGCAGCGGCGGCGGAGAUCAAACUCCUGAAGCUGAAUACCAGGAUGCAAAGGAAGCCAAGAUGUAGACUGAAGCUACAUCGACUUUCUAGUUUUCCAUGUACCCAUUUAGGAAGUUAAUAUCUCUACCUGCCUCCGGUUUCCUAGUUUUGUGUGAGGGUUACGAUAAUUUUAACUUUUCUUUUGGCAAGUUUUGGGAUCGCGGAUAAAUUGUGAGGGGGACAAACUCGUAUCAGUUAAUUGAGCCAUUCACGUAACA